AUGGUGUCAACUAUGGGUCGUUUUAUCUUGUCAUGUUUCACUUUUGCUCUGUGGCUCGUCGGGACGGUCGCAUUUCCCUACGAACCCUCGCUGGCCGACUGGAACCUGAACCAGAACCCAGAUGCUGGCCAUCCCCUUGAUUACUGGGGAGAAUGGGAGGGCCACACGUACACGCCGUCGCCAGACAACUGGCGCAUGCCGACCUACACUCUUGCCCUAGACCGAUUCUCGAAUGGGGACCCUUCCAACGACGAUGCUAACGGAACCCAAUUCGAACAUGACUGGAUGACGAAUCAGCUCCGGUUCGGCGGAGACAUCAGAGGAGUAAUGGAUAACCUGGACUAUCUUCAUGGCAUGGGCAUCAAGACGGUCUACCUUAUGGGAAGCCCCUUCAUCAACCUGCCUUGGACAGGUGACAACUACAGCCCUUUAGACUUGACUCUGCUCGACCAACAUCAUGGACGGAUCCAGGACUGGAGGGAUCUCAUUGAUGCGAUCCAUGAGCGAGGCAUGUAUGUCCUUCUGGACAACACUAUGGCCACGCUGGGAGAUCUCGUAGGGUUUAAGGGAAACCUGAACAAAACCGCUUCCUUCCAGUGGGGCGAAUAUGAGUAUGAGUGGAAGCACGACAGACGCUAUGUCGACUUUGAGCCUGGUAAUGACAUUGUCGACUGUACAUAUCCACGCAUGUGGGAUGAUGAUGGUUGGCAAAUCACCAUCAAUCAGACCACGUGCCGUGAUAGUGAAUUCGACCAGUACGGUGACUCAGCCAAUACCGGGCAUGUCAUUGUGUACGAGAACCAGCUGUCAAAGUAUGGUUCAGUCCAAGACAGGCUACGGGACUGGCGCAGUGACGUUCUCGAGAAAAUCAAGCAUCUCUCAUGCAUCCAGAUCGCCAUGCUUGAUAUUGACGGAUUCAGAAUGGACAAGGCACUCCAGUCGACAGUGGACGCCCUGGCUGAGUUUUCCGACUACCAGCGUCAGUGUGCCAGGCGAUAUGGGAAAGAUAAUUUCUACAUCAUUGGCGAAGUCGUGGGAACUGCUGCUCAAUCUUCGGUGUACACUGGCCGUGGAAAGCAGCCCAACCAUUACACGACUAACGCCACCGCUGCUGCAAUGUCUACCAACACCACGGAUCCGGACAAUUACAUCCGUGAUUUUGGGCAAUCUGCUUUGGACGGCACCGCAUUCAGUUAUAUCGUGUAUGGUGGAAUGACCAGAUUCCUCGGACUUGACGGUUACACUGGUCUGGAUGGUACAGACUUCGUUGUAUUUUGGAAUGAGAUGCUCAACCAGAAUGACUUUGUCAAUGCAAACACAGGAAAGUUUGAUCCGCGGGCAGUGAUUGCUAUGACAAGCCAAGAUGUCUUUCGAUGGCCGGCCAUCAAGAAUGGGACGCAGCGACAGAUCCUUGGACAGUUCAUCACCACCCUGGAGAUUCCUGGCACACCAGGCCUCUAUUGGGGCGAGGAACAGAGCCUAUAUCUCCUUGACAGCACCUCGUCUGACUAUGUAUACGGCAGACAGCCGAUGAGUAGCAGUCGGGCCUGGCAGCUCCAUGGCUGUUACCAUCUCGGGGAUGUAUCGUACUAUGGAAAUUUCCCCGACGGUCCAGCGAGAACUGGAUGCAACGACGACGCCGUCAGCCUUGACCACAAGGACCCCUCACAUCCCACCAGGAACAUCAUCAAGCGGAUGUUCGAGAUGAGGCAGCAGUACCCUGUGCUGAAUGACGGCUACAUGCUGAAGACCUUAUCGAAUCGCACCGAUGAUGUCCUCCUACCUGGAAGCGCAGGUGUGCCAAGCACCUUUGGCAUAUGGAGUGUGUGGCGUCACCAGUUAGAUGGUGUCCAAGAUUUAGAGACACCAGACGCUGACGGCAACCAUGGAGUAUGGCUUGUUUACUCCAACUUAAACAGGAGCAAAGACUUUGACUUCAAUUGCCAAGACGAAGCUGAUGCCCUGGUCUCCCCUUUUGCUGUUGGGACCACGGUCAAAAAUCUCUUCUAUCCUUACGACGAGCAUGUGUUGCAGAACUCGUCAGCCACUUUGGACGGUACAACAGGGCUCCGGGGAUGUCUGUCAAGUCUGACCAUGGAAUCUUGGGCCUACAGGGCCUACAUCCCCAAGGAAAGGUUUAUCACCCCAGCGCCGACCAUCACGGGGGUCGUGCCCUCACAUGAUGAGAGACUCACGGCCUCAGUCAAGCUUGGCGAGAAACAGACUGUUCCAAUUGAGAUUCGAUUCUCUCAGAAUAUGGAUUGCGACUCUGUAAUCAGCGCACUGUCCGUCAACUCCACCUCGUCAGACGGAACGAUUGCCCGGAUAAGCAAUGACACCAUCGCGUGCGUCAACCUUGACGUGGCUGAAGGUACGCAAUUUGUGGGCCAGCCUGCCACCAUCUGGAAGAUCACCGCGAAUCUAGUCGAUGUAUCGCACGGGAUCCACACGAUAACGAUCACCAACGCCUCCACCACAGAAGGAACCUACACUGACGCGAUCGACCGCUUCAUGUUCCGGAUCGGCGCUAGCGACAAUCCUGUCGUAUUUCCUCAAACCGGCAACUAUUCCAGCAGCCUUCUGUACCGCGACGAGUCCACAAACCAGCUCUACGUUUCCCAGCGGGCCCCGGGUGCCGACAAAUUUCGGUACUCUACUACCUGGGGGUCAAGCUGGAGUGAGUGGCUGGACUAUACCAGCGAGAAUGUAACCCUCGAAGACCAGGCCUGGUCAGGGACCCAGAGACAGGCUUGGCAUGGCGAACAUGUGACAAUCCAGUACUGGAGCCGGAUGGCCAGCAGCAGUGACCAUGUGCAGCACGGAGACCUUGUGAAGGGGGAUGUAGCCACCCACAAGGCACGCCGCUGGCCACAUGCCUUCAUCCUCGGAUCCUGGAAUGCGUGGGGAUACGACGAUGGACUCACAAACACCAUGCGCCUGACUCAUCCAACGACUGACGAUGGUAACUCGACUGGUAGCAACUGGGCCUUCGACCUCGAGGCAGAGUGGCCCACUCAGAUCCAAGUCAACGUCUGGGGCAUGAACCCCAACGGGCUGCCGGACAAGACUGCGCAGUAUGGCGAUGUCGACGGCGACAAUGUUCUUGACUGGCUGAAGCCUGAUACGCUGGCUGACAACGUCAUUAACAUCAGCAAAGGUCCCGAAAUGCCCUAUGUUGGCUGGAAGCUGCUGGUGAACGACGGUAACUGGAAUUACCGUUUGGUGCCCACCGGGUCUGGCUGGUACCAGCUUAUGCUGUCCAUACUGCUCGGACUGGUGCCGCUUCUAUGCGCUUGCCUUGCCCUAUGGACAUUCAAACGAUCGUAUUACCAGGUGAAGUUCAACCAAGUUGGCAUCGAUACCCGCGAUGGCUUCUGGAAGGGUACGGCGUCUAAGCUGAAGCGGUCUGACCACCGUGAGAUGGCCCAGAAGGAGAAAUCAACCGCUCCCUCAUCAAACCCUGCCACGACAACAGCUCUAGCCGAAGCAUCACUGGCGCCCCGUCGCACAACGCUCAUUGCCACCAUGGAGUAUGAGAUUGAGGACUGGAACAUCAAGAUCAAGAUCGGUGGUCUCGGCAAAAUGGCUUCAUUGAUGGGCAGCUCCGCCCUUGCACACCAGAACCUCGUCUGGGUGGUCCCUUGCGUUGGCGGCAUCGACUAUCCCGUCGACCUCGUUGCCGAGCCAAUGGUGGUCACCAUCAACAAGGUUCGGUACAUUGUCAACGUCCAGUACCACCAGGUCCGGAACAUCACGUUCGUCCUUCUUGACGCACCAGUGUUCAGAGCUCAGACUAAAGCCGACCCAUAUCCCGCUCGCAUGGAUGACAUUGAGUCCGCAAUUUACUACAGCGCCUGGAACGCGUGUAUUGCGGAAACUCUCCGCCGCUUUCCAGUUGAUUUGUACCACAUCAAUGAUUAUCACGGCACCCUUGCACCGCUGUACCUCCUUCCCAAAACCAUACCAGUCUCCCUUUCUCUCCAUAACGCCGAGUUCCAAGGAAUGUGGUCGCUGCGUACGAAGGGCGAGAUGUCCGAGAUCACAGAGGUUUUCAAUUUGCCCAAAGAGACAGUAAAGACCUAUGUACAAUUCGACAAGGUGUUCAAUAUGCUCUAUGCGGCUGCCAGCUACAUUCGUCAGUUUCAAGGUGGAUUCGGCGCUGUCGGUGUCUCCAAAAAAUACGGAGUCAGAGCUUACAAGCGAUAUCCUAUCUUCUGGGGUCUGCACGAGAUUGGCUCUCUGCCAAACCCAGACCCGGAUGAUAUGGCUGACUGGAACGCUGGUAUGGCUAAGGAAAUCGGCGCCAUGGAUGUCGCUGUCGAUGAGGAAGCGGAGGAGAAGAGGGGUGAUUUGAGGGUGCAGGCCCAGAGAUGGGCAGGCUUGGAGGAAAAUCCCAACGCCCAGCUAUUUGUCUUCGUCGGCCGUUGGUCUCUUCAGAAGGGAAUUGACCUCAUCUCGGAUGUCUUCCCUGCCAUUUUGGACAAACAUAAGGACGUCCAGCUCAUAUGCCUCGGCCCAACCAUCGACAACCAUGGCAAGUUUGCAGCACUCAAAUUACAAAAGACAAUGGAACGAUACCCUGGGCGUGUCUACUCGAAGCCUGAAUUCGUUUCGAUCCCGCCCUAUGUCUUCAGUGGAGCUGAAUUCGCCUUGAUGCCUUCUCGAGACGAGCCUUUCGGGCUUGUAGCAGUCGAGUUCGGCCGCAAGGGUGCACUCUGUGUGGGAUCUCGGGUUGGUGGCCUGGGACAGAUGCCGGGUUGGUGGUUCACAAUUGAGUCCACCGAGACCAAACACUUGCUGCGCCAGUUCAAGUCCACUAUCAAGUCUGCCCUUGCUUCUUCCCAGGAGACAAGGAAACUGAUGAGAGCGAGAUCACUGAUCCAGAGAUUCCCUGUGAUGCAAUGGGUCCAAGAUCUGGACACUCUGCAAAGGCGGUCCAUCGAAGCCCAUGACGGUGUCAGGCGAGGGUCGACGUUCAAUCUCCUACCUGGAACGCGGUCAUCGUCGGUCACCUCACUCGCGUUGCAUCCUCCUCAACCUGCCCCCACGCUGCCUAACUCUCCCACUAUCAGUUCACCUCACACAGCUGCCUCAACGGCUUUCCCGAGUCGGGUUGGCAGCCGGGCGCCGAGUCCAACCCGCGGCUUUAGCUCUGCUAGGCGAACUCUCACACAUUCACCGUCAAUGCUCUCAAUUUCGACAAUGUCUGAGCCCAAUUCCGGGGCGGUCACACCCAGGACCCCCACGGCCACUUUUGCUCCGCGGAACAAGUCAUCGUCCGCUUUGGGCAAGCUCUUGUCCAAGAGGCUGGACGCCCUUGCAGAGCUUGACAGGACGCAGUCACAAAUGGAGGCAAAUGAAUUUCCCAAUGAAGAACAAACCUCAUCAAACAGGUCAUCCUCAGGCAACGAACACGAUGACUCCCUCACGCAUAGCCUGCCAACAGCCAACCAGUCGGUGCUGACUCUGGACACUGUCGUCGGUGGCCGAAGCGAUUUCAAGUUACAGAAUGUUGAGCCGUUCUUCAACGAUCCUAAGGGCGAGUACUACAGCUCCUUCUCAAAGCUGAUUGAUUCCCACAAGGGCAACCUAUCUUCCGACAAGCUAUGCGUGGAGGACUAUAUCCGCUCGUCAGAGAAGAACUGGUUCGCUCGCUUCCAUGAUGCCAAGCUUGGGAAGACUCCCAAAUCUGUUGUCAGCGUGUCCUCAAGGUCAACCUCGGCUGCCAGCAGCCGUGACGACGGCAAUCCCCAAGUGAACGAGUUCAAUCUGGGCCCAGACUACAAACCCCCGACUGGUCUGAAGAAGCUCAUGUUGGCUAAAGUUGGAGAUUGGCCGGUCUACGCUUUCCUUCUCGCCCUCGGACAAAUCAUCGCCGCCAACUCGUACCAGAUCACCCUCCUCACCGGGCAAAAUGGCCAGAGUGCGGAGCAGGUGUAUAUCACCUCAGGCAUCUAUCUUGCCGGUUCAGUUUUCUGGUGGAUCCUAUUCCGCAACGUCAAACUUUUUAUCUCGUUAUCUCUUGCAUUCAUUUUCUACGGCGCGGCGUUCCUUAUUCUGGGUUUGAUUCCCUUUGCAACCUCGUCACUCGACAUCGUGGCCCUUCAGUACACCGCGACGGGUCUCUACGCCGUCGGCUCAGCCAGCGGUUUUCUCUUCUUCACACAGAACUUUUUGACCGAAGGUGGGAACCCCGUGAGAUCGUGGAUGUUCCGCGCUUGUACCAUACAGGGCACGCAGCAGAUCUAUAUCGCCGCACUAUGGUACUGGGGCUCGUACGCGACCAAGCUGCGCAACAGCGGCUACACGCUGAUCUCGUCGUCGUCACGCACCGUCACGUGCGUGACGCUGCCCAUCGCCGUGGGCCUGUGGGCUAUCGCCCUCGUGCUCUUCAUAGGCCUGCCGGAUGCGUAUCGCAGCAAGCCGGGCUACGUUUCGGCCUUCUACCGCUCCGUCCUGCGCCGCAAGAUCGUCGUGUGGUUCCUCGUCGUCGCCGCCAUCCAGAACUACUUCCUCUCGGCACCAUACGGCCGCAGCUGGAGCUACCUGUGGUCGAGCACCGUAGCGCCGGCAUGGGCUGUUGUCGUUCUCGCAAUCUUCUUCUUCGUCAUCGUCUGGGCUGCCAUCUUGGCCGUCAUGGCGUACCUCUCCAACGAGCACUCGUGGGCCCUGCCGCUGUUUGCCAUUGGCCUGGGCGCCCCGCGUUGGGCCCAGCUCCUUUGGGGCACAAGUGGUAUCGGCCUCUAUCUCCCCUGGGUCGGGAGUGACCUCGCUGGCGCGCUGCUGGGCCGUAGCCUGUGGCUCUGGCUGGGUGUAUUGGAUGCCUUGCAGGGCGUGGGCUUCGGCAUGAUUCUGCUGCAGACUCUUGGCCGCUUCCACGUCAGCUGGACGGUCUUCGGAGCCCAGGUGAUUGGGUCCAUUGGCACCAUUGCUGCGAGAGCCAGCGCACCAGAUAAGAUUGGUCCGGGCCCAGUCUUUCCAAACCUGGCGCUGAACCUAUGGGAGGGGCUGGACAAUGUUUGGUUCUGGGUUCCUCUGUUACUGCAGCUGCUUGUUUGCGUCGGAUUUUUUAUGUUCUUCAGAAAGGAGCAGCUAUUCAAGCCUUAG